AUGUGACCGUGAUUGGAGAUCUUGACUCUCACUGCUUGAUAGAUGGAUAAACUCAGUGACCACUGGUCGACCGUUCCUGCAGCCUUCUUCUCCUAGUUAUCAACGUACAUAACCGCUCACGCCAACGGUUUGACACGGACCCAAAAUAGAUCUUGGUGACAACCAUCUCCCAUCUCGGGGAAUAAUGCUUGUCUCUGAUUGGCUCAAUGUUUGUCUAAGCGCUCGAGGCAACACGCUCAACUCUUGUAGCUAGAGGUUCGGCCAAUCCUAGCCCAGCAUUCGAUGUCAAUCUCUCACAACACCAACCAGCGCGCCUAUGCUGCAAUUCUUGCAUAGGCGCUUCCAACUUAUCACCCUGAUCGGCUUCAUGUAAUUGGUCUCUUCAGUGCUAUUGUGAUGGUGUUCGUCGCUUAAGGUUAACGGAUCUUGUUAAGCUGUGAUCAAUCUCGUAUAUCUAUGUUGCAAAUCCCCAUGAUCUAAUUCAACAUCAAUUCAAAGCUCUUUCGUAUUUACGUUUGGUUCCUUUUCCUUUUCUUCUUUCUUAUAUUCUUUCCUAUAUUCUUUCCUUUUCUCUCCAGCCGGUCUUGGGGUUUGAAUUUUCCGUUAGUCUUGUUCCUCGUGAUCCCUUUCUGGUCAAUAUACUCGGUCUAUAUCUUCAGAAUGGAAUCCUCCACCAGAAACAUGUCCAUCGGUACCAAGACAGAGAUCUCAGCGUCCAACUUCGAAGCAGAUGUUGAGUCGGUUCGAACCGAACCCAGCUUUCGUAUCUAUCGCUUGAUCGACAGCGCUAGACUGGGCCUCACAGUCCUCGGUCUCGCAGCGGCCUUGACAAUCCUUGGUGUUUCGGCGGAUGCCCUCGCUGUGUUCCAUGCUACCUAUGUCCCGGAAGAUUGGUUACUUCAACUAUGGCCUGCCAACUUCGAUAUGCGCCCUACCGUAGCUCUGGUAGUCGGUAGUGCCCUGGUUAUUGGGGCCAAUCUAGUUUCGUUGAUCACCGGCAAGCUUCCGACUGCCCGCGGAAACGCUGCAGUCAAGGCAGCAAUCACAUUUGUGCCCCCUGCUAUUGCCCUGGUCGCCGCCAUCAUCGCCAUGUCCUUCUUCUACGGGGUGAAUGCUUCUACCACCAACGAUUCACUUCAGAGCUGGACAUGUCGCUGGAAGGACGUGACCAUGAACGUGCAGCCUCACUUCGGCACACUCUGCAAACAGAGCCGGGCCGGUGUAGCGCUCUCUGUCAUGCUAGUUCCCGUCGAAGCUAUAAUUCUGGGGUUGGCGGCGUAUCAGUUCACCCUGGAGAAACGCUUCGACUUGGGCGCUCGUGGACCAAGCCGUAAAGCGGGAAGCCCUGCUCUGUCUUGAAAUUGAUAUCGAGAUUGGGAGAUUGGAGCCAAUAUGCGAGAGUCCCACGGCCUUGGGCCUGGGUUCAGAUUAUUGAGACAUCACGUCUGAUCGCCAGAUACCAGUUGAGUUGAAUCGAUGGAAUUGUCAAAGGAUCGGAAUUAGUUGUAGGGUGUCAUAAUCAGCCCAGGGGGAGGGGGGCUGAGACUAUUGGAACCCAUCAAACAUGGGUUCAUUAUUCAUAGUCUCUUCUGUUUUUCUUCUGAGGAUUUGGAACUGGAGCUGGAGCUGAAAACAAAGCUCGAUGUGGUUUCGAUUGCGAUAGGUCAUAUUUGGAAUAUUAAUCAACCCUCUUUUCUCUUUUCUUUUUACGCGCCGAGACAAAUGCCAGGACCAGAACCAACAGCUCGGCCAUGCCUAGCGCGCGCAUAGUCUGUGAACCAGUCCAAGUCAGUCCAGAUCUGGUAGAUGAUUUUGUA